UCGUUUCCAAUGGCAGUUGGUAAGCAUUUAGUGUAUGUCUUCCCUCUCUUUCUCUCUCUACUUUCUCUCUCUACAUGCUUACGGUCUCUGAUUUGAUUGAAAUAAUCCCUCAGCACACACACCAGAGCACACACCACACCACACACUCCAAAUUCCCGCAUUUUCUUCACUCAAUCCAUCUCCCACCUCCGAUUUCACUCAGAUCCAUUCCACAUUCCCCAAUUUCUCAACCCGAAAUCCCAUUUUUCUCCCCCGAAAAACCCCUGCUUUCACUGUUUUCGCUCUCUUCAGGCUCGCAUUUCGUGGUGGUGUCAUGCUGAUUCGAAGUUGUACAUACAGUCCGUGAAUGGGAGAAAUUGGAUAAACUUGGUGGCUCCUCGCAUUCAACAGUCUCUGAAAAAUUUCGUGUUAAACCCUAAGAAUAACUCAUUAACUCAGAGCAGCUCUCUCUCUCCCUCGCACAAACACAAUCUGAUAUUGGUUAUUUUUAUGGCUUUGAUCUCUUUAUCACAUAAAGCCAACCUUUACUUUUCAGGGAUUUUGACGGAGCUUGAGGUUUUCUACUAUAGUAUCAGAGCUUCUUUCCCAUUGAAAGUACCAAAAACUCUUUUGCUCAGCAAAUCACUAUGAAGAUAAGUUAGAUAAAAAAAAUUGAAUGACAACUUUUACAGAACGGACGCCAUGUGAAACUGAAUAUGGUGGGUUCAUCUUCCGGGAUAGAGUUUUUGGCUUUUCAACAAUUUAGCUUUUGGGUUCUGGGUUUUGAAUGUUAUGUCCACCAUGCUACUUGUUAUCUUGUGAAUUGGGUUCGUUUAGCCAACUUAUUGCCGCGGGGAAGGUUCAGUGGUAUUUAAAGGUUUUGGGUGUUGGACGGUGGAGGAAUAGUUUGCUGUUUUGCUUCUUUUCAAGUUAAUUGGAUUUGCUUGAUUACUACUUCUGGUUUGAAAUUGGGUGGAAGAAAUUUACGGCACAAAUAUGCUGGAGACUGAGCUAUGUUCUUCUCGGAUUCUCUCGCCUUUUCGCGAGGAAAGCGGCGAUGAAGAGCUUUCUGUGCUUCCUAGGCACACCAAAGUUAUUGUAACAGGAAACAACAGAACAAAGUCUGUUUUGGUUGGUUUGCAAGGCGUAGUCAAGAAGGCUGUUGGCCUUGGUGGUUGGCACUGGCUGGUUUUAAAGAACGGAGUUGAAGUGAAGCUGCAAAGGAAUGCUCUGAGUGUGCUGGAACCUCCCACUGGGAAUGAAGAAGAUGAAGAUGACUUUGAUAAUUCAAGCAGUGGCUCCGACAUUGGUGAAAAGGACAAUGAUUUCUCUGGUGGUAUUGAGUUCAGCAAACUGAGUAAGCCAAGAGUUAGGUAUGCAAGGCCAUGGGUUCUAUCUACUUCGGCAAAGUCAGCAAAUCGUAGCAGUUGCAGAGAUGUUCCAUCUCAUAUUCACACCCCUCAACCGAGAGUGAACUUGGCAAAAUUAGGGAGCGGCUCAUUGUGGAGAUAUUGUAGAAGCUUCAACCUUGUUAAUUCCAAUCCUACAAAGGAUCAAAUGGUUAAUGCCAUUAACCAACAUUUCACUUCACAGCAACUGGAUGAGGUACAAGUGAUUGUGGAGUUCAUCCGUGCAGCCAAGAGACUGAAGUCAGUAGACACAGAGAGUAGGGAGUGAUUAGGAGAAACUUCAUGUUCAAUGAUUGUAUGGUUUAUAUAACUGUGUUAACCCUAACCUAUCUUUCAACUCUAAUUAUAGACUGCUGUUGGAGAGUUCUAGCUGGUUGUCCAGCCAUAUCCCCAUCUCUCACAUAUCCUAACCAGUAAGAUGGGCGCUGUCGCCCACUUAUAUAUUAAUUGUAACCUUAAUUUCCUGUGGUAUAUAAGAGCCAUCAUCAUUGAACA